AUGCGAAUGCUCACCGACAAGGACUUGUCGCCGUCUUCUGAUGCGCGGAGCUGCGUCACUUGUGACAAAGUUUUGGAAGAAUUGGAGAAAAUUGAUGACGACACAGACUCCUUUGGUGUUGAUUUUGUGAAGAUUAACGACAAACGUCUGGCAAAGCAAUACGGCAUCACUAAGUUUCCCGCGCUAACCUACUUCCGCGAGAAAGAACCGAUCAUCUAUGAAGGGGAUCUGAUGGACGAAGAGAACGUGCUCGACUUCCUGACCAGUCUGGAGGCCAUGGACCUGCCCGACCGCAUCGAGGAGGUGAACGCGCGCAUUCUGGAGAAGAUCGUCGAGGACACUGACUACGUGGCCGUGCUGUUCUGCCCCAACGAGAAGACGUGCCCGCCCACCGGCGCCAGUACGGCGCGCGCGCCCGUUGCAGACAAGCCCGAGUGCAAGAAGUGCGCCAAGGCGCUCAUGGAGCUGGAGAACAUCGACGACGAGGCGGACCAGCUGGGCAUCGGCUUCGUCAAGAUCGCCGACGAGGAGCUCGCCGAGGAGUACAACCUGGGCAGCCUGCCCGCGCUCGUCUACUACCGCCACCAGAUACCCAUCAUCUACGAGCAGGAGUUGACGCGAGAAGAGGACGUGCUCGAGUGGCUGGUGCAGAAUAAAUCGACUGGCGAUGAAGAUGACGUCAUCGAGGAUGUCACGGCCAAAACGUUGGAAACGCUCAUUGGAUCAGUUGACAACCUUGUCGUCCUCUUCUACGACAAUGACGACAUCGAGUCGAUGCAGGCGCUGGGAGAGCUGGAGACCAUUGACGACGACUGCGACAAGCACGGCAUCCAGUUCGUCAAGAUCGACGACCCGGAAGCGGCCAAGGACUUCGGCAUCGACGACAUUCCCUCCAUCGUCUACUUUGAGAAGGGCAUUCCCAACGUGUACGACGGAGAUUUGGAAAACGAGGACGAGAUUUUGGAGUGGCUUGUUGCCCAAUUGGAGAAGGAUGAGAUCGAGGAUGUGACUGACGAAAUGCUCGAUCGCCUUAUCAAGGACGGCAAGACAUUGGCCGUUCUUUUCUAUGAUAACAAUGACAAGAAGUCGCAACGAGUGCUUGGAGAACUAGAAAACAUUGAUGACGAGUGCGACACUUUGGGCAUUGUCUUCGUCAAGAUUGACAACCCUGAGGAGUCCAAGGAAUACGGUUUGGAGAAGCUGCCAGGGCUCAUCUACUUUGAAAAGGGCAUCCCCUCCACUUAUGAAGGAAAUUUGGAAGAGGAAGAGAAAGUUUUGAAAUGGUUAGAAUAUCAAGUCAACAGUGACGAAAUCGAAGAUGUAACAGAUGAAAUGUUGGAUAUGAUAAUUGACAAAAUGACUCAUGUCGCUGUUUUGUUCUAUGAUAAAGACCAGAAAAAGAGCCAGAAAGUAUUAACUGAACUGGAGAAUAUUGAUGAUGAAUGUGAUUCCAAUAACAUUGCUUUCGUGAAAAUUGAUAACGAUGAAGAAGCAAAGGAAUACGGUUUGGAUUCUCUCCCUGCUCUUCUCUACUUUGAGAAGGGAAUUCCACAUGUCUAUGAAGGUGAUUUGACCAAUGAGGAACAGUUGUUAGGUUGGUUACUACACCAGAAGCGCCACAGUGAGAUUGCAGAAGUUACAGAUGAGAUGCUUGAUCGACUCAUUGAAAAGAUUGAUUACCUUGCUGUGCUUUUCUAUGAUAAAGAUGAUCCUCAGGAUAUGCGUGUUCUCAAUGAAUUGGAGAACAUUGAUGAUGAUUUAGAUAAGGAAGACAUUAUUGUGGUACGCAUUGACAACGAUGCAGAGGCCAAAGAAUAUGGUAUUGAUCAUUUGCCUACAUUGGUGUACUUUGAGGAUAAAAUUCCAGCUUUGUAUGAAGGUGAUCUCAUGAAUGAAGAAGAAGUACUAGCAUGGCUUAUUGAGCAAAAAAAUACUGCCACCAUUGAGGAAGUGACUGAUGAAAUCCUGCAAGACCUCAUUGAAGAUCAUGAAUAUGUUGUUGUGUAUUUUAGUGGCAAGUGCGAGGAAGGUGAAACAUGUGAUAAUAUUCUGGAUGAGCUAGAAAAUAUUGAUGAUGAAUUAGAUGAAGCUGGAAUAAUCUUUGUCACAACAGAAGAUAUGCCUUUUGCUAAGAAACAUGGAAUUCGCUCUUUCCCAACUUUAGCUUUCUUCCGCAACAAGGACCCACUUAUCUACAAGGGUGACUUGGAUGAUGAAGAUGAAGUACUGGCAUGGUUGACUGAUGAAGACACCCUUGAAAUUCCUGGUCGCAUAGAAGAAGUUAAUUCUCGCAUGUUAGACAAAAUUCUUCAUGAAAAUGAGCAUGUGGUUGUAUUUUUCUACAAGGAGGGUGACAAGAAGAGUCAAAAGAUCAUCCAAGAGCUGGAAAACAUUGAUGAUGAAUGUGAAGAAAAAGAUAUUUCAUUUGUAAAGACCUCUGAUGAAGACAUUGACAAGGAGUAUGACCUGGCCUCACUACCCUCCCUUGUGUUCUAUCGGAACAAGUUUAGGGAGAUUUACAGU